GUGGAACCCGCAGCCUCUUUCUCCCAGCCGCAGCAGGAACCGCAGCUCGAUCGCGGCGCGGGAGCCGGGGGGCUCGGUCUCCCCCGGCCCGCGUCCCCCCAUGGCGGGGCCACCUGCGCGUUCGUCCCUGCCCGAUGCGGUCAUCCGGGCGCCGCCACCCGCGCCCGGCAAGAAAAUGAAAUCUGUUUCAGAACGGAGAAAGAGUGCUCCUUCUCUCUUCCUUGAGAGAGCAAUAAUGCAAAAGCGACCUAGCACCAAUGAAAUUUCCACUGGUGUGGAAACAGGUGCGUUACUCUCCAUAUUUGAUCAUUCCGAUCGAGACCUGCUGAUUGACGGCCGUGUAGAACUUCGAAGAGGCCUGCAGAAGCAAGAACGACAUAUUUUUCUGUUCAAUGAUCUGUUUAUUGUGACCAAAGUCAAAUGUAACAACAACUUUAAAUUAAAAAAUAAAAUAAAGCUAACUGAUAUGUGGACAGCAAAUUGUAUCGAUGAAGUAGGAGAAGGCCACACGAGUGCCAUAAAAUCCUUUGUCUUGGGAUGGCCAGUAGUCAACUUCGUUGUCACAUUCAGUUCUUCAGAAGAAAAGGAAAAAUGGAUGUGCCUGCUUCAGAGAUACAUCACACUAGAAAAAGAAAAGGAAUUCCCGAAGACCGUUCCGCUUAAGGUGUAUGCAAAGGAGAUGUCCAGCUGUGCUGACUCUAAAACAAUCAUGGCAGCAAACACAGAUACCGUCAAUGAGGUGGUGAAGAUGUUACUACCUGAAUUUGGGAUGACUGGCACUGUUAGUGAUUUCCAGUUAUGGCUGAAUUCUGGAAAAGAGGGUGCACCUUACCCCCUGAUCGGCCACGAAUACCCAUAUGUCAUAAAAAUGCAUCAUCUGCGAGACACAGCUCUCCUAGCAGAAGGACCAAAGGAUGCCAUGAUGCCUGACAACUUUCAAGAGCCCUUUGUCAUGGAACAGCUGCCCCAAGAGAUGCAAUGUCACUUCAUCUUAAAAUCUAGACAUUUGUCUCUGACUCAGAAGCUGAGCGAUUCAGGCUCAAAAACAUUUAAAAGGAGAAAAUCUAUCAUGAGCUGGGCCUUUUGGCGUGGGUCCCAGGCCCACCUUGAUAACAUGCCCUUCAUGCCCAUGUCGCCUGAGUCACCCACCUCGCCUGUGCCAGGUCAGCUCUUUGGAGCCAGCCUUGGUGAUAUCUGUACUGGUGAAGACCUGCCCAGACCCAUCAUGGAUUUGAUUAUCUAUCUUUAUAAAAAAGGACCUCUGACAGUGGGUAUAUUUAGACUCUCAGCAAGUGCAAGAGCAAUUAGAGAAUUUAAAGAGAAACUUCAACUCAACUUCAGUUCUGGAGUUGAAGUAAACCUAGACAUGGAGUCUCCUAUUUUAGUAGCAGCAGUGUUAAAGGAAUUCUUACGAAACAUCCCAGGUAGCCUUUUAUCUUCAGAGUUCUAUCAUUGCUGGAUAUGUAUCGUGGAUGAGGAAAACAGGGAAGACAGAAUAAGUACCAUUAAAAGGCUUCUAGACCAACUCCCAAAAGUAAACAUCGUUCUUUUAAAGCAUAUAUUUGCACUGCUAUAUAGUAUCGACCAGAAUUCUUCUGUGAAUCAAAUGAAUACUUUCAACCUGGCUGUAUGCUUUACACCAACCCUCCUUUGGCCGCCUACUAAUACAGACCGAGAACUUGAGAGCAGCUUUACAAAAAAGGUUACUCUCCUUGUGCAGUUUGUCAUUGAAAACUGUUGUGAACUAUUCGGGGAGGGAAUCACAUCCCUCCUCAGAGAGGAUUCCUUACAGUGUAACACCACAGAAAACACUACAGAUACAUUGGAAUUGCUACCAAACAACUCUUCCUUCAACAGUCUGGAAGCUGAUAUAGAGGCGCCGUCUGGUGACUUCCCAGAUGGACUCCUGGACACAUGUGGUAACACACUAGACAGUAAGCUCAUGGACACUACAGAUGUCAGCAACCUUGAGGACACUAAAAACACCAGCAGCCUCAAGGAUGACGAGCUCGUGGACAUUGCAAGCUUUUUCAAGUUGGAGGAUGCUACGAGCAUCGAAGAUGAAGAGGAGCAUAUGGAUACCACCAGCAUUUUCAACCUAGAGGAAGCUGUAAGCUUCACCAGUCUUAAGGAUGAAGAGCUCCUAGGCACUCUGAACAUCCAUAACCCAGAAGACGAUGAGUUUGUGGAUUCUAUGAGUGUCACCAGCCUGGAAGAUGAACUUGUGGACACUUCCAGCAGCAACACCCUCGACAAGGACCUGGGGGACGGCCAGUGGAGCAACAGCCUAGAGAGGGAGCAGGUGGACACUGGGAGAGGCAACACCCUGAACAGGCAGCACAUGGACACUGCGAGCAGUGACUCGGGGAGGAGUCACUGCCGCAGAAGCUUAGAUUCCAUGCUAACACCAAGUGAUCUGGAGUCAGAGAAUUCUAAGGACAAUCCACUGGAACAGACUGUGAUAUUUCCACAUGACCUUCUGGAAGCCAGUACCUCUUCCACAAUAGCACCCUAUCUAAAAAGUGCUAGGCGUUCCUCAGAGCCAAACAUAUGCUCAAAAUUCACAAUCUUUACAAAGUUCUACCCUAAGAAAACCCGCAAGUCCAGCUGCGAUGCAGUUCUCCUACAAAAAGACAUGGAGAGUUUCCAGGGAGAGUCUAAGAUUGUCUCCGAUGUGAGUUUACUCACUGAGACCAACACUUAUAGUAAGAAGGGCUUGCGUGAACCUGUGUCUAAAUAUAGACCGAAGACAUUCUCUGUCAAUUGCUGUGGUGAUAGUGACACUUCAUCACAGAACGGGUCCACUAACAGACUUCCCAACACCAACACAUCCCUCCUGAACACCAGCGGUUCCCCCACAAGUCAGAGGUGCCGCUCAGAAUCAAAUAUGGGUAAGAACCACCAUACACUGAACUGCCUCCGGGGCAUUUUUACCAAACAGAAAACCAGCUAUCCGCUGGAUCUGUUAGAUGGACAAGACAAAUCUUUAGAAACACCCAAGAGUGGGACAGUGGUUCCCCCACCAAGCAACUAUAAGAUCAAUACAACUGAUUCCACUGUGUCCUCCCCAGGCACUUCCUCACCUGGAGACUCAAAGUCCCAGGAAUCUGACAUUUUUGGAAACUAUGACACGCAUGGGUUUACAGCACUUGAGACAACACUCCAGAACAAUUCUGAAGAGCUCUCUUCUCAUCUGGACUCAGCAAUGCCAGGGCCAUCCUCAGCACAGGCCAGCACCAAAAAAGUCGGGUGGCAUUCACAAGUGCACUCCGUCACAUGGUUAAGAAAUAGCUUGGCCAACCUGAAAAACUGGUCCUUGAGGAGGACAAGGACCUCCAAAGCUGAAGAGAAACAACCAGGAUCGCCAAGGGAGUCACCUCCACCUGCUUCAAGUGGUAAAGUGAUGCCCUUCAAGGAAGCAGGAGUGGAAAAUAUACAGAAAGACCAGGUAGAGAGUCCUCAACCCUGCCGGGACUUAAUGGAAUGUAACACUGUAGAAGAUGAAAUGUACAUGCAAUCUGCUGAUCUGUGUAUAAAAUCUGAAGAAUACAUCAAGUUAGAUGAGGGAGGAGGACUUAGUGAGCAUUGUGCUGCUGGUCCUCUCUCUCACACCAAUGAUUUAGAUUUGUCCAAUCCAGACUCAGGAUCUUCAGAGAAUUGUGAUGUUAGGGGUGGACACACAAAUGAAGAAUGUUGAAUGUGAUGUAAUACGAUGUACAAUUGUUAAAAUGCUGUCUACAAGAACCAAACAGCAAAUAAGCAAAUAAUGUAAAAUAGUAACUAUAUCAACACCUUGUGAAUAAACAGCUGGACACUUUAAAAAAUACCAAGUCAAAUUUAGAAAAAUGAUGACAUCAAGACAUUUGUAUAUAUGCCCAUAAAUUCUUAAAAAUUUAACUGAUUUAUAAAAACUACCUGGACAUAAGACAUUAAAAAAAAAAAAGCUUACUUGUUCAGAAGCCUAACAAGACAGCUGAUGAUAUGAACCAGUAACUAUAUCUCAAUACCUGUACAUUUAAUAGUUUUGUUUUUCAAAAUCAUUAUUUAUAUAAAAUACACAGGAUGGUAACCAUUGACUAAUUUUUUAACUAUGUGACAAUAACAUUCUUUAUUGAUGCUAUCAAAAAAGGUGUAGACCGAAAAUGUUCAUCUAAGUGUUUUUGGAAGUUUGUGCUUUUAAAAAUACCAGCAAUGGGCUAGAAGACUAAACAUCUCACUUUAUAUAGGUUGAAGAAACGUGUGUAAAGUUUUUGUGGCUCUCCUUGGAACUAUUUGCAAACUGGGGUUCUUUUUAACUCACUCAAAUAUCUUCGUCUACCAUAUGAAUGACCUUUCCAAAUUAUCCACAAGAAAAUGUGAAAUAGUCUGUUCUGUAGACAAUGCUGUCUAUACAAAUGAAAAUAGCAGAUUAAUCGAUCACUGGCAAUUACCUCAGCAUCUUUGUACAAAGAAAAAAAAAAAAACCUGGACAAUUAAAAAGACAGUUUUGAAAACAAUGGCAAAAAAAGAAUAGUAAUACCCCACCUGUAUGCAUAUACAAGAUCCUUUUAUAAAAAUUCAGAUUUUCCUCAGCCUAAAUAAUGAUGUUGAAGAGACAUUAUUUCAGCACCUUUAUGUAAAAUACCUGAAUUUUUUUUCUAAUAUUUUCAGAACCUGAAAAAAUAAUGACUUGAAGAAAUUAUCUCAACAUCUUGUAUAAAAGAAACCCAGACUUUUUCUAAAAAAUUGACUUUUUCACAACCUGACUCAUGAAAUCAGAACCUGACUCAUGAAAAAAUAAUUAUGUCAAAAUCUUUGCACAAGCAUGCCCAAACUUUUUCUAAAAUACUGAUUUCUUUUUUCAAAAUCUAAAUAAUGACUUGAAGACACAAUGACUAAUACAAUGCCUUUGUAAAAACUAAUGACUUGAAGAUACAAUGACUAGUACAAUGCCUUUGUAAAAACUAUGUGGAUAUUUUUUAAAAACUUUGUUCAAAAAACCUAGCAAGACAGUUGACAAACAGACACUAAUCUCAACACCUUUGUGAGUGCUUGGCAUUAGAUUGAGGCUUUAAAAAAUGUAUUUUUUUACUUGGCAAAAACUGCUGAUCACCUUUGAACUUGCACUGAUAAUCGAUAUCUGCAAAAUCAGACUGUCAAAUAAAAUGUUAUUCUGCGGUUUACAACCCUU